UCAGCAACCCAUUUUGUUGAAUUGCUGAAACAUCAGGGUAGUCGCGCUUUUCUACUAAAAUUAAGAAGGCAACACUGGUCCCAACAUCGUUAAAUUAAAAUUAUUGAUUACAAAUUAACUUUUCCGCAUUAAAUUACAAGUAUUAUACUUGUAGCGUUAGGACGAAGUUUUUAAAUAAAUUAGAUUAAAAAAAGGGAUGCAAUUAUUUAAAAACACUUUCGAAAAACCUAGAUACAAAUUUUGGGUAGAGGUUCUACCUGUUGAAUAUUUAGAAACAGCUGACAGCAUUUUAGCCGUUCACAUAAAAACCUUCUGCUUUCAUUGUUUAUGAAAGCAAUUUAAACGAAAUGAAUUUGAGUCGCGCUAUUUACCUAAACUCAAUGGAAAACUCUGAUGAAGAUUUGGAGAUACGACAUCGUAAGCCCCGGGUAUACGAAACGAGGCCCAACUUUUUGAAAGAUAUGGACGAUGAUGAGUUUAUAACUAAGUUUCGGGUUUCGAAGGCUACUUGCUCGAUGCUUUUACAAAAAAUAGGAUGGAAAAUGGAGCACCUGACAUCCAGAAACUACGCUCUGAGUCCGGAGGACAAACUAUUGUUGGCCCUACGAUUCUAUGCCUGUGGAAACUUUUUAGUGGCCGUCGGUGACUUCUGCAAUGUGAGCACAUCCUCCGCUUGUCGAGCCGUAAAAGAGGUUUCCUUCCACAUUGCUGCCAUGUCCAGGGAGUACAUCAAGUUUGGCGAUCCCGAUGACGUUGUGGAAGGACUCCAAAAGCUAUCCAAUUUUCCUAAUGUGAUGGGGGCCAUUGGGUGCACACAUAUUCGGAUCAAAUCCCCAGGGCAGAGACAAGAUGAAGCAUUCCGCAACCGGAAAGGGCACUUCACAUUGAAGGUCCAGGCCGUUUCCAGUGCGCAGUUGAUUAUCCAAGAUUUGGUGGCCAGGUGGCCUGGCUCAACUCCAAACAGCACCAUCUUCGAAAACAGUCGAUUGAAACAGCGAUGGGAAAGCGGUGAAUUCCAAAAUAGUGUUCUUCUGGGCAAUGGCUACAAGUCAAGCAAGUACAUGAUGACCCCCGUUGCUAAGCCCACCACGGAGGCGGAAAAACAUUACAAUCAGUCCCAGAUCGCCACUGUCAACAUAGUUUCCAAGUGUUUUGAGGCUUGGAAACAACGGUUUCCGGUUCUGUCCUACGGAAUGCACAUCCAUGUUGAUACUGCCAAAGUGGUCAUCGUUGCCUGUGCGGUGCUCCACAACAUAGCCAUCCAGGAAAAGGAUCCACUGCCACCCAAGAUUGAGGAUUCGUCACCGGAGUCGUUUGAGGAUGACGAGGAAAUCGAUGACAUAGUGGAUGCCUCCGAUGGGUUUCACAGAAACGAUUUUAUUAAUAAGUAUUUCGAUAGGUAAUACAAAAAUUGAAUAUCUUUAUCUAUUAGUCUUAGAGUAAAUUGAGAUUAGAGAACAUCAAUCCUUUGGAGCAUCCUGCAAAGUAGCAAUAAGCAGAAAUAUUACAUAAAAUUAGCAAGUUAGCAAAUCAA